AUGAAACCCGGUGAGACUCGGCUUUUGGUGCCCCUAGUGGUGACUCGAAAACCCCAGCUACUCGAGUGCCCAAUCGAAUGUGAAUGCGAGAAAGCGGCGCACAAAAAUCAAACCACAAUAGCGGUUUAUUGUCAUAAAGGUGGUCUAAAUGACAGCCGUUUUGGUGAGAUCCUUAUCCAUUUGCCAAUUUCCAUCGAAACGAUCGACGUUUUUGCGCCAGCUUGGCGACCAAUCAACAAAAUCAAAUGGAACGAUAAUUUGAAUCGAUUCAGAGAGCUGAAAGCCCUUCGCCUCGUCAGUUGCCAAAUCCCGUCAAUGUCGAGGAGUGUUCGCUUGCCGAAUCUCGAAUUGCUCGAUUUAAGGCAAAAUAAUAUCGAUCACGCCACAAUGGGCAACUUUGCCGGUCUCCCGAAUCUACGCACACUUGAUUUAUCAAGCAACAAGUUGAACAUUCUCCCAACUGGCGUUUUCACCUAUUUGAAAUCCCUCAAAACGCUGUCAUUGGCAAAUAAUUCGAUGCAGGACUUGCCCACAAAUCUUUUGCACGGACUUCGAAAUUUGAAAUCCCUUCGUUUGGAUGGGAAUCGUUUACCGACGAAACACGUAAACGAUCUCUUCACCGAUGUGCCACAAUUGGAGGAGUUGUUUUUAAACGAUUGUUCGAUCAAUACGAUCGCCAAUUUGAGCCUAAAUCGUGUCCCUUUGCUGAGAAAUCUGGGAAUGGGUGGCAAUAAUUUGCGACACGUUCCAUCGACUGAAUUGGAGGCUUUACCACACUUACAGAUAUUGGACUUAUCAAACAACGCGAUCGGCGACCUUCCCCCUUGCGUUCUUUGUGCAAACAACAUCACUCAUCUCGAUCUUUCACAUAAUCUUUUAGGCAUCGGCAAAAAUCCGAUACAUGAAGAGGCCUUUCGUGACACAAAAGUGGAAUUCCUUGACCUCUCGCACAAUCAUUUAAACGAUUUUGACUCGAAUUGGCUAGGCCAUGCACAGGAAACGAUCAAGGAAUUGGGAUUUAGCGGCAAUUUUCUCCGAACUUUCCCACCGGAGAUCACGCAUUCGUUGAGGAAUUUGAAACGGCUUCAUAUGGGCUUCAAUCACAUCGAUUGGUGGCCUAUCCAGUUACCCGCCGAGUACAACCGUUUGGAGUUCUUCAAUGUCUCCGGCAAUCAAUUCAGCAAUCUACCAGAUAACAUCGGAUCAAUUUUAUCAAAGGUAAAAGAGUUGGACAUUUCGAGGAAUCGUCUGAGUGCAUUGAGUCACGCGGGCAUUGUUUUUGUCAAUGAUAUCAAAAAGGUCCAUUUACACGGAAACCCGUGGGAUUGCAGCUGUUCGAUUCAACACUUACAACAACACAUGAGAGAAAGAUACCCAUUGCGUCAUCUCUUGCACUAUGAUGAGACUCAAUGCAAUGGACCGGCUCUCCUCAAAGGACAACCACUUUUGAAUGUGGCUGAGGUCAGCGAUUGUGCCGUUCUAUUCGGCGCUCGUUAUGGCUUGACACAAAGCAGCGAAUUGCUCAUUUUGCUAGCGGCAAUCGUUUCAGCAGCAAUUCUUCUCUGUUUAAUCAUGACUGCAAUGUAUUACACAAGAGAGAGACAUUAUAAAGGCACCUAUGUGACUCGAGAACACUCAAGAACCCCGUUGACAAUGUCGCACCCGAUGAGUCUCAGCCCGUCCUCUCAAGUCUCCGAACCGCUCUCACCCACUUCAACCCUUCCCCCACCACCGCCAAAAGCUUCAUCUUCUUUCUUUGGUAUU